CACACACACACACACACACACACACACACAUCCUCUGUCUGCUAGAUACUGGCAUACAUACCGAGUACUCCGUAGAUAGAGUACACUAGAUAGAGAGAAUAUUGGAUAAAUUGUCUCACGUAAUCCCAAGGCAUCCGGGCACUGAGGCACCAAGGCCAGUCUGCACUAGGCCCAAUGCAGGGGUGCUUUCGGCAGUCCGACGGAUCUCCGGGGUUCCGCCCGACCAGUGCCGAUCCUUACCCUCUGGCCUCGAAGGAGGUGACGACUGACGACUCCAUAAGAUGCUUGCUUCUGCCACCCCCAAUCUCAUCCUGCUUCGGUCCUCAUUUCUCGCCCCCGAGGGCGCCCCUCUGAAACCGCGGUCGGACGGUUGGAUGAAAUUUCCUCGUCGGAGGGCUCCCGAGCGACGACGUGCAGGGAUGAUCCCUCGUAACGCGUCAACAGCAAUUAAAUGGGUGAUUAUUAUGAUUUCUUGUCUGACACUGGCGCUGCUAUUAUUAUGUUGGUGAUGAGUGGUCGACCACACGUGGAAUCAAUUUCACCACAGCGUGCGUAACCAUGGCUCGCGGUGCCGACUUGUCCGAGCGCUAGUCCGAGCACUAAUCCGAGCAGUAAGUCCGAACGCACUGAAUUCUGUAGGAAAGAUUCUUCCGCAUCGACCCUCAUUCAGGGGCUGGUGGGCGGGUGGGCAAAAUGACCCUGGAACCCUUUACCCUUGUCCCUUGUCCCUGUCCUUACCCUGACCCUCUCACUCCCUGAGCUAGUCGUAAUUAUAGAAUUUUCGCCCACCAGGGAACAAAACUUAUCCAGGUCCGAGUUGGUUGCACCGAUCGUCGGUCAGUCACAGAGCCGGAUGGAUCCGAGCCCCGCCCGUGGGAACUCCCAAGAGUUGUUAAGCAAAGCCAAGAGAUGGGCCAAGAGGUUGCUCAUGAAGUCUAAU